AUGUUAGAAAGACAACCACUUGUUUAUCAAGCAUCAUUUGAUGUUGUUACAAACCAAUCAGUGUUUACUCCUUCUCUACUGUUGAGGGAGUACAAGCAUGUGAAGGGAAUAAGUACAUUCACAUCUUCAAGAGUUGAUUAUCAUUCUAACUCAGUUAGUUGGCAAUUACCACAACAAUUCGAAACUGAAACUCUUCCAUUGUUGGACAAUUUAUUGAACAGACACAGUGCAUGGUUUCUUCCAUUCUACAUGUUCUCAAUGUUGGCUGCAUCGUUAUUCAGUUUGAUUGGUUCUGCAUUGCCAACUUUUAUUGGUUGCAUUUUCAUGUUGUUUUUCAAUUAUGAGAGAAAUAGAAAAUUGAAGAAGAAUAUGGAAAAUAUUAUUGAACAAGAAAAUGAACUCAAUUUCAAACCAAAAGGUUUAUUGUUGGUUUUGAAUCCAAAUGGAGGAAUUGGAAAGUUUGAUUUGGGUGGAAGUUGGACUUUGAAUAUUGUGUCAAAUGCUUCAUUCAUUGAUAAUGGAACUCCAAAUAUGAAAAUUCAUGAAAUUGUUGCUACUAAUGAUACAGUCACUCGUUUAUUUAAUCAAGAACUUCCACAAUGUAUUUCAGAAAGAUUUGGUCUUUCACAAAUUGACUGGGGUGAAACAAUUGAAGAAAUGAAUAGAAUUUAUUUGAGUGAAAUUGAAAUGGAAGAAAGGUUAAUUAUCAAACCAUUGUAUUGUUAUUUGUUUGCAUGUUCCUUCCUUUUUAACAUUCCAAUUCUUGUUACAUUUCCAAUUCCAAUCAUUUAUUAUUUAAUUGUCAAGUAUUUGAAAAUUAACAAAUUUAAACAAUCCAAUCAAGUAUUGAUGGAAUCUUUCAUCAGUGAGAGAAAUGAGAAAGUAUUUGUACCUAAAGGAUUAUAUUUGAAUUUAAUUCAAGAGAAAGCAAUCGCUUCAGUUUCCACAUAUCAAAAUAUUCUUCAACUCUGUCAAUUACAACAUUAA